CUAUCAUAUUUAGUACUUUGCGAUUAAAUUAUCAUUAUUUGUGCAGGGAAAACAUAGAGAUAACGUUAAUUAUAUCAUUACUUGGCGGGUAUUAAUUUAGUGCGUGCCGGAAACGGCGUUCUUUAGUUCAGUAGGUGAAUCGGUGGAACAGGUUUUUUGUCGCUCUCGAGGACGCAAGACUCGCUAGGCGAGGCCGGGUCGUCAUUUUACAUGAAUGGUUCAUUCUGGCAGCGGCCGCUCCUCCGUCCGUUUGCUUAAACUAUAUUUGCGAAGCUAACAUCGGUGGUAAACGUGUGGUUAAUUCAAUUAGUUGUGAAGCGUCCUCUACGGAUUUCUCCGCGUAUAAUGCUGUGUUUGUGUGCAAUUUCACCUUUGGAUUGCAGUGUUGUGUGUGAUUUGACUACAAAUUCGCUUUCUGGAUGAUUACCUUCACAUUCUCUAAGAGGAGCGCGCGCGCUUCUACACGAUGAGUACAGGCGGUUGAGGCGGCCGCGCGCGCCACUACAGACAUGUCGUUCUUUAAUAACCUUAAGAAGGUGCUCCACCUCGGCGGCGGCAAUGACGCGAAGAAGAAGAAGGUGUUCAACAACAUCCGCGACAACAGCGACCCCACCGAGAUCUGGGACAUGGUGGGCGAGCUCGGCGAUGGCGCGUUUGGAAAGGUGUACAAAGCGCAACACAAGACCACCGGCCAGCUCGCCGCCGCCAAGAUGUGCGUACUCGACAAUGAGGACGACCUCGCCGACUUCACCGUCGAGAUCGACAUCCUCAGCGAGUGCAGGCAUCCCAACGUGGUGGAGCUGCACGAGGCGUACUUCAUCGAGAACAAACUGUGGAUGCUGCUAGAAUACUGCGACGGCGGCGCCCUCGACUCCGUAAUGUCAGAGCUCGAGAAAGGCCUCAGCGAGAAGCAGAUAGCCUACGUGUGCCGCGAGAUGACGCGCGGCCUCGAGUUCCUACACUCGCGGCGCGUCAUCCACCGCGACCUGAAGGCCGGCAACGUGCUCGCCACCAUGCAGGGCGGCGUCAAGCUGGGUAACACACUACUACAUGUUCUAGCUGUAGGGCCUCAGAGAGCAGAUAGCCUACGUGUGUCGCGAGAUGACGCGCGGCCUCGAGUUCCUACACUCGCGGCGCGUCAUCCACCGCGACCUGAAGGCCGGCAACGUGCUCGCCACCAUGCAGGGCGGCGUCAAGCUGGGUAACACACUACUACAUGU